AUGGAAGGUAUUGCCAUGUCGAAAUUUGGAACCAGAGAAGAAGACUCCCCUUCGUCUUCUGGUGAAAACGAGAACAAGAAGAUAAGCUUCUCCUCAUUAAUGUUGCUUAUCCCGUUACCUAAAGCAACUAUAAGCCGGGUGGUCGCCUUGAGGAGAGAGAGAAGAAGGAACGGACGAAUUCUGGGCUCCGGACUAUGGAAGACCACAUCUUCGACACACAUCGGAAAUUCGAAAGAGACUUGGCAGGCAAUCUGUUCAGUAUAUCCAGCUUUAGAUCAGGGAGCGAAUCUAAUGUACUUGAGCUUGUGUCUUUCUCAUGAAUAG